UUUCAUAUUUAAGUUCUAUUUUAAGUGCAAUAAAAAUUUUGUUUGAUAGAAAAGUGUUUACAAGUGAAAAUAAAUUUGUGAGAUAUGGAAUAAUAUAUUAAUAUUCCGAAAAAGUGUAUCAACAUAACCUGCAAAAUAUCGCACGUGUAAAAUCUUAAUAACCUCUUAAUAUUAAUCUGUAGAUAUAUUUUAUAUUAAUAUCUAAGUAAAUAAAUUAAAAUGUCGUUCCGUGGACGUGGAGGCGGCGGUGGUCGAGGAUUUGGUGGUGGUGGCGGACGAGGUGGUGGUUUUCGAGGAGGUCGAGGAGGUGGUGGUGGUGGACGAGGUUGGCAAGAUCAAGGGCCUCCUGAGAGAGUCAUACCUUUAGGAACGUUCAAGUACACUGCUCAAGAUGACCUUGUUUGUAAGGUUGAAAUUGAAGAUGUACCAUAUUUUAAUGCCCCUAUUUACCUAGAAAAUAAGGAACAGAUAGGUAAAAUUGACGAGAUAUUUGGAAAUAUAAGAGAUUACAGUGUGUCUAUCAAGCUUGGAGAAAAUAUGAAAGCAAGCAGUUUCCAACCAGAGCAAAAACUAUAUAUUGACCCUGCAAAAUUGUUGCCACUUCAAAGGUUUCUUCCUAAACCACCAGGCUCUGUUGUUAAACGUGGAGGGGGGCGAGGAGGAGGAGGCAGAGGUGGUGGUGGUCGUGGCGGUUUUGGAGGCCGCGGCGGCGGUGGCCGUGGUGGUUUUGGCGGUCGUGGAGGCGGUGGCGGUUUUGGAAGAGGCGGCGGCGGAGGCCGUGGUGGAUUCGGACGAGGAGGCGGAGGUGGUUUUGGAAGAGGCGGCGGUGGCGGUCGCGGUGGUUUUGGAGGAGGCGGAAGAGGAUUUGGCAACCGAUAACCUCCAAAACCUAAAUCUAACUGUAAGGGAUGUGAAUGAUCCAAUCUAAGUAAGCUGGAUGAAUGUUACAAUUAAGCAGAAUCAUGUAAAGUCUAUAUAUUUUAUGAAUUAGU